AUGUACGAAUAAAUAUAACUUCGAUGACGACGCUACGUAUUCAAAGACAACUUUGACCUCUGACUAGAAAGUCAAAUGUGACAGUUUCAUUUGUAAAUGUUUCAUUUAAAAGCGAGUGAAAGGACUUCACAGAGCUCUAACAGAGCUGAAAUAAGUUUCGAAGAAAAACCAUGGAAGCUGAAGGCGAUGAUAAUCGCUUGGCAAGGUUCAAGGAAGAAGUUGAGAAAAUAUUUCAGAAUGCCGAAACAAAAAUUAGUGGUUACACCUUCAGGCUUAGAGGCGGCCAAAGAUUUUGUGACAAGUGUCCGGCAACAUGUCGAGAGCUACACAACACAAGGUUGUCCUCAAGAUGAUCUGGAAGCUGCUGUGCUUGAGAGAGCAUCCAACACCGCCUCUACUCUAGUAGCUGGUGUUCAGGAGCACCAGGAAGAAAUCUACGAUCCUCGUCAAACUUUGGUCUACAUUUUCAGUGCUUUCUCUGUGUGUUCACGAUCUCUUAAAGUCGUCGUUGAGCAUGGACAUCCUGGUUACAACCUCUCAGACAUCGGGAGAAAGUGUCUUCUCCUCCUACAGCAACUACAGAUAUACUGUGUAGUGAAGGGCAGUUUGGAAGACCCUAAUACUGAAGCUCAGAACCUUAUCUGGCUUGCCCGCCUGCUGGUGAAUCUGGCUUUUUGGGUGGAGCGCACGAGGCCACACGUUUCGUACUUUAUUGUGUCCGAAGUCAACGCCCGUAGCAUCAUCCCAAACAUCGUCAUACCAGAGAUGAGGCAACUGCACUCUGCAGCACUUGUUGUGGUUAUCUCUUCUUGGCUGAGAAUGGGACAUUCAGAGCAUAACAAGGAAUUUCAUAGACUUAUAACCCGAGGAGUGAAAGUCGAAGAUCUUCCAAAGCAAUAUGUGGCUAGGUACAAUACUGUAUAUGCCAAGCUGCUUAGCAGCUGUCGCCAAUAUACAAAUGCUCUUGACAGGGCAAGAGAUGCACUGAGCGACUCAAAGGAUGAAGAGGAAAGAAAAGAAAUUGAACAGCUAGUCUCACAGCUCGAAUCAAACAUCUCAGAAAUCCAGGAUGAAGACAUAGAAAGAAGACGAUCGUCGAUUACACACGCUCUUCGAAGUCAAUCCCUCGAAAGAGUGCCUGUGAGGGCCAGUGUUAGACAACAAGCAACAGAUAGUCGUCUUGGAACUCGUUCUUUGCGGGCGUCAGCAAUGACACAGAGAUUCAAUGAAAGCACCCCUGAUUUAAGACUCGUCGGCAGCCUUGUGGACACCUCUGAUAAUGACUCAUCAACACCUGAGCCUCCUACUUACAGCAGUGAAUCUGAGACAGAGGAUGACGAAGAGACGAAACAAAUCAGAUUAUCAGAUAUGACGACGAUGACGAAGAACCAGCUGACGAAUUGUCAGAGGAAACGGUCUCAACAGUGA